AUGGUCUUUCUCCCGCUCCUCGCGUGGACCUGCGGCCUUCUCCAGACUCCAGAUUACCUACCCCGUGUGGCCCCAGAGUUUUCUCACCCCGCGGUCAUGGUUGAAUGCAACGUUAGCGGUGUGGAGUUGUCCAUGGUCCAACUCCGUUCGUUAUCGGCGCAAAUGAGCCCGAAGCAGACUCGUGAUGGGCUGAGGGUUGUCCCAGCCUUCCAGGCGAUCAACGUUGAACCGGAGGAGAAUGUGGACGAUGAGAUCGAUACUACCCGCGAGCUUCACGUCGAUGAAGCUCUGAAACGAUUCCAGACAGCUCUGAAGCUCCAUGCCCAAGGCCCACGAUUUUUCGACGAAGCCGCCGAUGCCUACGACGACCUAUUCAAGUCCGAAAUCUUCAAAUACCCAGAGGCUGCCACCGAGUACGACCGAGCCGAGGAACAUCCCGACCAGCUCAUCACCGAUGCCGCUCUCGCUGGCAACUUGGACCUCCAAGUCGCUGAAGUGGACACAACUACCAGCAGUUUGCCCCAGGCUUUCUUCUUAGCACACAAGAACCGAGGCCAGUUUCUGCUCGACAAAACCCGCCAUGCCGCACGGGCAGUUGGCGACUCUUUCUUCGAGAAAGAUGAGGCUAUCGAGAACAUGCGACAUGCCUUGACCGACUUCAACGCCGCCCUCGACCGCGAUCCCUCCGAUGCCGAACUCUGGAGACGCACAGCGCGCGUUGCUGCCUCGCUCAAAAGCUCCAGGAUAAGCAGAUACUGCCUAGAGGCCGCCAUCGAGCUCGACGAUGACCCUGCUGUCCUAGAGGUCGAGCCUCCGUCGCUCGUGGAAGGAUUCGCCGGUCAGCAAUUGAAAGAGCAGCUAAAGGUCUUGGCCGACGACAUGGCCUUGUCCCAUCCCAUCAUGGGCCCAUGGGUGAAACGCGAGAUGCCCGACUUUAUCAAGCGCCACCUCGAUCCAAUCCCAUAUCUCCCGAACCCGAUCAAAGACCUUGAGUCUGCACGCACCACAAUCGAAGAAGUCGGUACAACCCGCCUAACAAUUACGCUGCCGAACGCAUCGUGGGUAGAUCUCGGCAUGGCGCUGAUCCAAUUUGUUCUCGAGAAGGGACAAACAAGCCGAGCGGUGGUAAUCGAGCUCCCCGAAAUGGAAGACGAUGAGGAUGUCGUCAUGGAGAGCCAGCCAGAACAGGACAGCCAAGUCAAUGGUUCAGAGGCCAAAGAGGGGUCUGCCGAUCAUGAGACAAAGCCCGAAGAUACCAAUGGGGAGAAGAAGUCCGCAGAGUUGGAUAAGACUGCAGACGACAAGGAGGCUGCCCCUGAAGAGCCUCCAAAGGAAGAGCCUCCAAAGGUUCCCGAAACCACCCGCGAAACUCGUAAGGGACGAAGCGCUUCUCAACCGACUAGAAAACGGUCACAGUCAGCCGCUGGUAUUCCCGAGAACCAAGAUGAUGAAAGUCUUGUCGAGAAGAGGAGCAAGCGCAUUCGACGCAGAGAAACGGCAGCCGCAGAGGAAGUCAUUGAUACCAGCGCUGUUCAAGCGUCUCAACUAGCUCCGUACCAAGCGGCGGACCACAACCUAUUUCAAGCCACCAAGAACAUGUUAGAAAAUAUCGGUGUAACAAAUCAGGAUACUCUGGACCGGAUCAGCGAGGUGCUGGACUCCUUGGUAUCGGAUGAGCGGGCAGCAGCCAUCAAGAACAGCGCCACAACAGACCUGCGGAAUGCCAUCAACUCCUUCAGCGAAGAAAACGCGAAAAUUCUACUCAACAAGCAGGCUCAGGCGUCAUUGAGCUUGUCAUCGUUCCUUGAGCACGCCAAGGGUGGCUCACAAAAAAUGUCUGUCAUACCACCAUUCAAGGAUACACCGGGAAUCACAGCUUUUGCAAAGCGCGUCAACGCUUCGUGGAUGACUGCUCAAGAAGUCGCGUAUGAGUGGAUCAAGACGAUCUGCCCUAGCUAUCUCGAGACCAAAUGGUCGGAUGCUAUGAAGACAGCAGUCGUUCAGGUUAUCAGUCGGUUCGACCAGGACAUCCUCCAAGCUAUCAAUUACGACAUGGAGUGUGCGCGCAAGUCAGACGGGCAGGACAACGCCUUCGCCUUCAUCAAAGAUAUCGUUGAGAUGUUGUUCGAGAUCCAUCUCGACGUGUAUGAAAGAAUAACGAACCCCAACAGUGUUGUCGACUACAGUAUUCGUGUCGAGGCCAAAGGUCGCUUGGGUCGUUGGCUGGACAUUGCAUCGGCUCUGCUCCGUGGAAGCCCACAGGAGGGAAACGAAAAGCUGACUGCGCGGUUUCUCUGGGCCGCCAUCUUUUCUACAACCUUGACCGAGAACGCCUCCAGGGAGUACAUCCUCCAGUGCUGGACAAGUUUGCGGGAUUUCCUUGCAGAAGGACAUGUCGAUCAGCUGUUGCUGCCCAACAAUCCUGUGAUACCAGAAAUCUCCGAAGCUGCGGCCGACAGGGAAAUUUCCAAACUGACUACCAUGGACUUCUUUCUCGGCCUUUUCCAGGACAACGUCAGCGAUCCUAUUGCUGUCAUCGACAGUCUGGAGCCCGUUCUCAAUCCUGGAUCAGUCUACGUGUCAGUGCCGCAGGAAGAUGCUUCAAAACACAGCGAAGGCACCAGCUCCGGACGGCCCAAGCCUAAGAAAGUUCCUAUCAAAGACUUCGCUUCGCAGGGCCUGCAAGACCUCUGGAGGUUUCUGCUAGGUACCAGUACUGAGCUGCGACUUUUCUUGUGGUCACGUCUCAGCGAUGCUUACGGUACAAUUAAGUAUUCUACCAAGCAGUUUUCAUGCCAGCUCAGAGCCAUUGAGAUGUUGACUGCCGACCUGGGAAGCGACAGCUAUCUGAAAAACGCGCCGGAAACUAGGCCAUCGCUGCUACUCAAGAUGCUGAAAUCUCUCGAUGAUCUGCUCAUUACAGCUCUCUCGCUGGCUCUGAACGAUAACUCCGCGUACGACAUUGUUGACGACGAACACCUGAAGACGACAUCUGCGGCUCUCGCCAAGCUUAGUUGCAUGCUUCACGCCUCAGCAAUGCACGAAGACGAGAUUCGCAUCGGCAUGACGCGGGUGCCACCAAGCAGCCCUUCGUUCCAGGCAUUCCUCAACAAGCUGCGGGAGAUCCAGGUGCGGGUGUGGUGUCUCCAAUACACUGUGGUCAAGGUUGGGGUCAAUCAGAACCGAACAAUGUUUCCCCAGCCAGAGAUGGAACUGGCGGACUAUCUGUCGGCUAUCCAUCAAGUUCUUGGAUUGAGGAAAUGCUGCAAGGCCUCCAACAAGAUCUUCCUCAAGAUGAUGCGUGUGGAGCUUCUCAAAUUCAAGAAUAUCGAGAAUUGGGAAGACUACCUAGGACAGGUCCUCUACGAUCUUCACGGCCUGAAGCUUGGCGUUGGCGUUGGGGAGGUCCAGGACCACGGAUGCCCGCCUGAGAAACUCGAGAAGCGCAACGCAAUGCAGUUGGUUGACAAGAUCACGGUAUUGGCGAGGAGAAUGCCCAGGAAGGAUCUUCUCAAGUCGGAUCUCAAGACGACCAUCGAACACAUGCAGGGAGCCAUCGGCCAGACCAAGUCGACUCCUCAGAUGAUCCACAACCUCAGAAACUUCACCGAGUACCUCAAGCGCCCGAUUCAUCCCUUGCGAUUGUACCAAGCUCUCACAAGCAGUGUUCAGCUGGACGUCGUCGCUGUUAACACCCCAGAAAGCGCCCUUGCUCAACACGGCUGGUUCUUUCUUCUGGGGAUGAUCGCGCUUACGAGGUUUAAACAAGUUGACCUGAGCAAGCGACAAACGCCUGGCGCUACUGAUGACUUGCGACUUGCGGCAACUUUUUUGCGACUCCAACUCCAGUUCACCCCGGACAAGUGGGAUGCGUGGUUUCGCUUGGCCGAGUGUUUCGACUACGAGCUUGACGAAGCUGUGUUGUGGUCAGCUGACAAGAUGAACAAGGAGCGUGGCGAACUGCUCAAAUUCCAGCGCAACUCGAUUCACUGUUAUACUCUUGCUCUUUCCAACUCUUGGGAAGCAGAUAUUGACGACGAGGACGAGGAUCCCUUGUACGAGCUAUAUCACAACUUUGCGAUGCGAUUGUAUGCCUCGAGUCGCGAGCCACUCGCGAUGGAACCAUUUCAGCAUGCAGACCACGAACGUUUCUUCAUCGAAAACAUGGGCCAUGGCACUUUCCAAAAGGUUCUGCACGAUCAGAUGCAGGAUUACAAGGUUUGGAAGUACGCCGCCGGGCUUUUCAAGCGAGCCAUGCGACGCAAGCCACAGGACUGGAGGAACUCGUUCAUGCUCACGAAGUGUCUCUGGAAGAUGUACCAAAAGCCUCUCGAUCAACUGACCGACAAAGACCGUCAGACGCGACCAUCAGUAGACUACCUGAUCUCAGCUCUGGAGUACGCCGUUGAAGUUGUCGCUGCCGUGCCCAAGUCACGACACAGUGACCCCAUUCUGGAGCCACACUACAAAAUCGUCUCGAUCAUCCACAAGCUUGUUGUCAGAGGCGACCUCACCUGGCAAGACGGCGCUGACAUCCUGUCGAGACAACCAUUUGGCAUGGAGUUAGGCGACGAUAUCACUAUGGACGAUAUCGAGGACUGGGAAGAAUACGUCAUCCGGAAUUUGCACCACCUGCGGGACAAGGACAAGUCUAACUGGCAGCAUCGCAUCAUCAUGCGUCACGCGCGUUUGCUAUUUGACGAAGAUGGCGAGUCACCCGAGCUUGUGCAGGCCAAGGCGGCAUUCAACGUGCUUCGAGAGUCGAUGUUCACGAAGACGAUGGUCAUGAACGUCUGGAAGUGCGAUGCCGAACGCCCUGGACGCCACCACGUGUAUACUGCACAAUACAUACGGUUUAUGGUCAAACUCCUGGUGGUUAUGAACGACAGGGUCAACCUGGAGAUGGUUUUGAGACGUCUUCGGAAGAAAGGGGCCGACUUUUACCACUUCAGCGAUUUGUGGCAGUACUGCUGCAUGGCCUAUCUCAGACUGCUGAGGCAAGGAUUCCACAUCGCCCCAACAUUGGAGGACUCCUUCAAGUCGACCUCCAUGGAAGAGCUGGAGAUCAUGGCCGAUCGCAUCACCGAAUGGGCGGGAGGUCCAUCAACGGAUAUUCCUGCUUUUAACUGCCUCAAGGAGACAAUAGAGUUGAAGAAACUGAACGGCGGACUUAUGAAGGCUGGAGCCAUUGAUGACCUCAUCAACGACUGCUACGCGCUCAUCUAUCAAGAGAUUGGCCCGACUCUUCCCGGCCCUGAGCCUCACGAAGUUCUCGAGGCACGCGCCAGGGCCCGUGCCAGGGAAGAAGCCGACGGCGGCAACGAUUUGAAGCCAAUGAGUUCUCUCGGCAACCUGCUGAACCCGUCGGCUGCACACGACUCAGGCACGAAUGGAGAUACAGGUGAUAAGGCGGCAGCCGCGCCUGAGGCUGCUCCCAGGCGUCGACUUGGCGUCCGCAGACCCGACAUCAUCCGCAAGGCAGAGCAAGCGUUCGCGCGGUUCGGCGAGACGCCCAAGUCAGCUGUGGCGCCGUCCAAAUCACGAGUGGGAUCGGUCUCGAGCGGCAGGAAUGGCGGGCAGACACCACCCGGAGAUGUCGAUGAGGGCAGCGAUGCGGAGGAGCAAGUCGAAGGUGGAGAAGAGCGCGAAGAUGGUGAAGACACCGAGAUGAAGGACGAUACGGCGGUUGAAGCAGAUGACGGCGAAGACGAGGAAGAGGGGCCUGGGGGUCAAGUCACAGCAGCAUCCAGCCCUCGGGGUAGCAUCCACGACUCGGCUGAUGACGAAAGUGAGCUUAGUGAUAUCCCUGACGACUGGGACGAGGAGCCACCCCCGUCGAUGCUCUUUCCCAACCUGAGAAGGAGUGUAGACACGGCACGGGGAAAUAGCGGCGAGACCACCGACGAAGAGGAAGAGGACGAUGAGGAAGGCGUUGAGGACGAUGAUGAGGAGGGUGUGGAGGAAGGUGACGAGGAAGGCGCUGAUGAAGGUGCAGGGGAGGAGGAAGGCGAGGACGAAGGCGAGGGGAUGGACGAAGAGGACGUGGAAGACGAAGAGGAAGAGGCCGAAGAGGAGACGUUGGCUGACGAGUAG